AAUAAAUACACCAAACAGAAAAUCACUGAGUCACGGACUCAGGACCAUGACAGAAAACAGUUUAUUUUCUAAAAACAUUUUUGUUAAAUCUAUUAUUCGCUGUUUUUAGUUUACUCCGUGACGGGGCUGGAUAUCGGGCGUCUUGCACCAGCCAUCCGGUCUGGAGCAUAGCGAAUGACUUCACAAAGGUACUCUGUGGCAGGUCACAAAGCUGACACACUGCUAACAACUUUACAGCACCUUUGCUAAUAUAGCUUUAUGCAAGCUUUAUAACAGAAAGAACAUUAUGACAUGAAAAUGUCAUGUUUGUGCAGAUUUCGCGUUUUCUAAGAAAUACAUAAAGACAGACAACAUUUUAACUGCUACUAUUACUAAAGUUAUUAUUAUGGGAGGCUCGGAGUGGGUGGGGCUUAAGACGUGUAUGACGUUCAAAGACGUCAUACACUUCAAAGGAUUUAAGUUAAAACCGAACCCAUAAAUACCCCUCUGCAAGAACGGAUUUUCAAACGCCAGCUUUAACAAAGCGAAAACAAAUUAUCUGCAAAUAGAUAUUAAAACGCAAUGGGCAACAAACCAUCAACUGUUACCAACCCAACACAGGAGACACCACCUGAACUGGAAUCUAGGCCAAAGAAUCGAAAAUGCAAAAACCUGCUUGCGUGCUUGUGUGCAUGCUGUAUGGGGAGCUCAGAUGACUCAGACACAGAAGAUUCAAACCAGGGGCAAUCUGCUAUUUCACAGCAAAAAUCGGUUGUGAACAUAGUAAACAGUUCCUUUGGUCCCAGUAAUACUAUUAAUAUCAGGAAUACAAAUACUGCCCGGAAUAUUCAAGUUGAUAUCUUUAGCAAACUGCAGCUAGAGCUCCCUCCGGGUACAAUGGAGUUUGUGUGAAUCCUCUUUUUUAAAUAACUUUUAAAUUAACAUCAAUAAAAGUUUUGAAAUUUUACUCUCUGAUUUCUGUUUGUUUUCAUUGUGUGUACGUUGUGUUAUGUGUUAUUCAGUUCAAACUGUGGGUAGAAAAUGCAGAGAAAAUGCUGUGCUGUCAUGUGACCUGUUCUCUUGUGCUCUUCUCUCCUCAGCCUCUCUCUGCUGCCUCUCUGAUGAGGUCUAGCAGCUCAUCAUUUCGGUCUCUUUUCCUCUUUGACGGAAUUUGUCCUUCCGUUUUUGGUUAUGCCACUGCACCCAAUGCUGUCAUGAUCCCACGGGCCCUGUUGAAACUGUCAUUAUAUACCCCUGAAUUAGAGGAUGACUGCGGUAUACUCAUAGCUCACCUGGACUUGCAUUUAUGCCAAGUUGAAUUAGUUAAAUCAGUUAUUUUGGUCAAUUAUUUUGUGCCUAUUUUAAAAAUCCUGCCUUUUUGGAGUAGUUACUGCCAUGAUAGCAACAAAAUUCAAAUAUUUUUAGAAAUCCGUUUUUAAUAAUUUGAUGUUGUGCUUCCAUUAACCUUAUCAGUGGUCAGAUAUUUAUUUGCCUGCUCUAGUCUCUUAUAUGUGGGUGCACUUGAUGUGUGUCUUUGUAUAACUGGAGUGGCCUUAUUAACAUGCACAUAGUUGAUCACCUCACUUGAUUUGAUGCCUUCAUGGGCCUUCAGCUUCAGCUGAAACAGCUCACAUUUUCUUCUUCUUUUGGCUGUUCCCUUUAUGGGUCACCACAGAGGAUUAUCUCACCCUGUCCCCAACACCCUCUUCUGUCACACCAACCCUCUGCAUGUCCUCCUUCGCUCCAUCAUUCUUCUCCAUUGUCCUCCUCUUUUCCUUACUUCGAGGCAGAUCCAUCUUCAGCAUUCUUUGUCCAACAUGUCCAAAUGAUCUCAACCUUGCCUCUCUGACUUUGUCUUCAAAGUGCUCAACCUGCGCUGUCCCUAUGAUAGACCCAUUUCUAAUCCUGUCCAUUCUGAUCACUUCCAGCAACCAUCUUAACAUCUCCAACCAUCCCACCUCCAAGUCCUCUCAAAGGGCACAACUGAAUCAAGUAACUAAUGCUUCCAGUGAAGAGCCACAGUGGGGAAAUAAUGGACCCUGAGGUGUCUGUGCUGCUGCACUGUGCACACUGGCAAGGGCUGCUCAGGUCUCAAGUACAAGUGGAGCUUUCUGAAAGGUUUAACAGGCAGACAGAUCUGGCUCUGGAGCGUCACAUAGAUGAGGUGUGGAUGAAGCGGGUGUCCAAGGAGCCGUGGCUUUUCAACAGGGCCAAAUUCAGGCUGCAUUCUUUCUGCUUAGCAGAUCUACAAAAUCCCCCUUCCACUCCUUUGUCCCAUGGCACCAUUUUCCACCACACAGAGGACCAAAACAGUCAAGGACAGAGGCAUUUGGGUGACAUACAUAACAGGUGUAUAAGUCAGAUUAAAAAAUGUCCAGGCUACACAUGCUACAAGGACUACCUGGGAACAAACUGGUCGUGUGGUGAGGCCGAGUUCGGAGAUCCUCUGACGCUGCUGGCUCAGCCUCUAGGUGUGGGUGGCAUACUGUGCACCAGCAAUGGUCAGGUGGUCAUGAUCAGGAGUCAAAAGGUGGCAGAGGCAGGAGGGCUCCUGGAUAUCUCCGGAGGCCACCCAGAGCGUGAUAUGAAUAAAGAGGAUUCAGUGAAUAUUCCUCUGAGCUCCCUGGGACCGCCCGACCUGAUGGGCAUCGCUCUGAAUCACACCAGCGCUGGAGGACCGAGUGCCGAGUUUUACGUCAGGUAG